AUGUCCGACAAAGAUUAUUCUAGUGGUGGUGAUGUGGAAAAUUCUUUAAAACCACAAGAAACUAUACCACAACCACAUAACAUGUCAAAUGACUCAAUUGGUAAAAUUUAUACUACGGGUGACAAUAAUGAAUAUAUGUAUAUUGGUAGACAAAAAUUUUUAAAAUCUGAUCUUUAUGAAGCAUUUGGUGGUACUUUGCAACCUGGUUUAGCUCCACCAUCAACACAUAAGUUUGCAAAUCCCGCUCCUUUAGGUCUUUCCGCUUUCGCUUUAACAACUUUUAUUCUUUCAAUGUUUAAUGCAAGAGCUCAAGGUAUUAAAACACCAAACGUUGUCGUUGGUUGCGCAAUUUUUUAUGGUGGUCUUGUUCAAUUAAUUGCAGGUAUUUGGGAAAUUGCUUUGGAAAAUACUUUUGGUGGUACCGCUUUAAGUUCUUAUGGUGGUUUUUGGUUAAGUUUUGGUGCAAUUCAUAUCCCAUGGUUUGGUAUUCUUGAUGCUUAUGAAGGUAAAGAAGAUCAAUUAGCAAAUGCUUUAGGGUUUUAUUUAUUAGGCUGGACAAUUUUUACAUUUGGUUUAACUGUUUGUACAAUGAAAUCUACUGUAAUGUUUUUCUCUUUAUUCUUUUUACUAAGCAUUGUAUUUUUAUUACUUUGUAUCGGUGAAUUUUCUGGUAAAAUUGGUGUCACGAGAGCAGGUGGUGUUAUUGGUGUUAUUGUUGCAUUUAUUGCUUGGUAUAACGCUUAUGCAGGUGUUUCAAAUAGACAAAAUUCUUAUCUAAUUAUUAAACCAAUGCAAUUACCAUCAACUGAAAGAGUUAUCUUUUAA